UGCUGACUUCCUUCCAAUACAUACCUGCACACCACCCUCUCCAGAGCUGCCCCGACAGCUCUGUCCCCUGAGCUGGGCAUUGCCCCCUCCCACCCUCCAGGGGCUGGGCAUAGCCACAGCCCUGGCAGGUGGCACUGGGCAGGGGGCAGGUGGCACUCUGAGGACAGCACAGCCUUUAGUCAGAGCACCUGUCUCCCCUUCCUUCCUGCUCCCUGAUCUUGGGCACCGCACAUAGGGUGGCAUUGCCCGCCGUGCCAAGACCCAUCACUGCCUUUGCCUCCUACCUUGUCCUCCCUAUGCCCAGUCUGCACUCCUAAUGCCUGACUGAGGAGGUCUAGCAUCCACAGCUGUCCUCACCUCUUCCUUCUCCCUGGGAUUGGUGCUUCUGCUGCUUCUGAGGACUCCCUGGGCACGGGACACCUAACGGCACCAUGCCAACUCAGAGACUCCCAGCCAGCUAAAUUGAAGAGCAAGAUAAGAACAGAUGGGACCAUCGAGGUAUGCAAGGACAUGUGCCCCAGUCCUCCAGUGCUGCCCGUCUUCCUUGACUGACACCUCGGUCAACCUGAGUGGAGCCAUGGGCAGCGCCAGCCCCGGCCUGAGUGCCCCACCACCAACCCGCCACCUCUUGCCUGACACAGGGCUAAGGACCAGCCUGGAAAAGGGGUCAGGGGCUGAGAGGAGAGGCUGGAGCCCCAGCCCCCCAGCCACACCUGAGCAGGGUUUGCCGGCCUUCUACCUCUCCUACUUUGAUAUGCUAUACCCUGAAGAGGGAACCUGGGGUGGGAAGGAUCCUGUCGAUGGGGGCCGUGAAGAGGCCCCCAAGGAGCCAGAGCAGUGCCCCAUCAUCGACAGCCAGGCCCAGGGGGCUGGUCUAGACUACCCCCCAGGUAACCUGACCCUGGAAGAGCACUCAUUAGAGCAAGUACAGUCCAUGGUGGUCGGGGAGGUGCUGAAGGACAUUGAGACUGCCUGCAAGCUGCUCAACAUCACUGCAGACCCCAAUGACUGGAAUCCUGGAAAUGUGCAGAAGUGGCUGCUUUGGACGGAGCACCAGUACCGGCUGCCUCCAGUGGGCAAAGCCUUCCAAGAGCUGGGGGGCAAGGAGCUGUGUGCUAUGUCAGAAGAGCAGUUCCGCCAACGCUCCCCCCUAUGUGGUGAUAUUCUGCAUGCCCACUUGGAUAUCUGGAAAUCAGGCUGGUGUCUCUGUGAUUCUCAUCAAGCCCUUCCUUCUGCUACAGCCGCCUGGAUGAAAGAGAGAACUUCAGGAGCUCUGCAUGUCUGUGCAGUAGGGAGUGAGGAGACCUGGAACAACAAUGAAGUGGACUCUUCCUGCUCUGGCCAGCCUAUCCAUCUCUGGCAGUUCCUUAAAGAGCUCCUGCUCAAACCACAUAGCUAUGGCCGCUUCAUCCGAUGGCUCAAUAAGGAGAAAGGCAUUUUCAAGAUCGAGGACUCAGCCCAGGUAGCCCGGCUGUGGGGCAUCCGCAAGAAUCGCCCGGCCAUGAACUAUGACAAGCUGAGCCGCUCCAUCCGCCAGUAUUACAAGAAGGGGAUCAUUCGCAAACCUGACAUUUCCCAGCGAUUGGUUUACCAGUUUGUGCAUCCUGUCUGACUGGGAGCAUCUCUGGGUACCGGCUGGGAGCCAGAAGAGGGACAAAGCAAGACUGGUGCCCUGAUCUCAUCCCACUGGCUUACCUCUCCCUCAGCUUUGCCCCCCCAACCCCAUCUGAGGCUCUGCCUACUCUACCCAGAACCCCCUGUCCUGAGUCAGAGCCACUGGGAACUGCGCUCAGGCUAAGGGGACUGGUAAGGCUCCACUCUAGAUUGGCUCCUUGCCCCAGCUCAGAGCUGAGCCCUGUCCAAGGUACAAGGGGCCUGUGUUGGGGAGGGCUUCUCUUUGAACAAGCACAAAUAUAUUCCUUGGGGACUGGAACCCUCUGAGGGUGGGGUCUUUCUCUGACCAAAUUGCUGACCUGACUCUCCUCAAAAAAUGUUCACCUGCUCCCAUACUUACCCAUGAGGGAGAGAGAACACACACACACACACACACACACACACACACACACACACACACACACACACACACACACACGAACGCACAGGAGUCCCUGGGACCCAAGACUUCCUUGGAAUGACCUCACAAGGGAGGACUCUUCCAGCUCUUCCUUGUUGCUCUUCCCAUUCCCUAGGACCUCCCUGGGACCCCAGCCCAACAAGAGUCUCCCAGGGCUCCUUGCUGCCAGUUAUCAGUCUCUCUAUUGACAAUUCAUCUCAUAAAGGUUCACUGGGAACCUGGUCUGUGCUUGGGCUUGGUAGGGGUGGGGGUGGGUGGGAGGAUGGGUGCUAGGGAAAUCCAAGGCUCCUCCUUGAGUUGAAGGAAGUUGCAGUCUCAUUGGGGAGGUGCCCACAUAUACAUAUACAUACAUGUGUACAGAAAUAAAAAAUGGCAAUCCAGGACAAUAUGUGCCUAAGUACAAGCUAGAAGGAUUUAAAGGAGGGAGGCAAGGAGGGGUAGAUUGUCUGUGCUGGGGGAGAGAGUUGCCAGGGAAGGCUUUUCAGAGGAAGAAGAUGAGGGGGGCUUAAAGGAUGAGUUGGAAUUUGGAAAGGAGUUUGG